AUGAGGCUGAGAAUGCGUAAGGCGUCUCAGCAGCCUAUCCCCAGUCUGCCAACUCGCCCGUCAAGAGCCAAGCGACGGCAUUCCGAAGUAGAAGAGGACACGCCUACCAGUGGUGGGAGGGGCUUGUUCUCAACGAUCAAAAAGUUUAUCAGAGGAAAUACUGUUAAGGUAAAAAGGAUAUACUUUCUUUGCAACAAAUCCAAGAAGGCGCGUCUACACUGUGAUGUGGACAACAAUCUGAUCACCUCAACUCCAGACUCCAAUACUGCCCAUAGGGUUGGCAGAAAAGGCUCCGUCAAUGGAUUGGCAACCAAUCAUGACAGGAGUAAGGAAAAACCCAAUGGCAGUCUGGAGGAGACAACAACUGAAGAGGUGACCACAAGCCCUCCUAGGACAACACUUCUUGGGACCAUUUUCUCUCCUGUUUUCAACUUCUUCUCACCAGCCAAAACUGCUUCAUCUGGAUCGGACUCUCCAGACCAGGCUUUGGAGGCUGAACAAAUAGUCAAGCAGCUGGAAAUUGAACAAACUGUCGAAACGCCUGCCAGCAAAUCCACAUCUACACAGGAACUAUGUCCCACCACUAACUUCUACUCAAGUGUAUCCCAGCUACCGUCUUUGCGUCCUCCUCACAUCCCUGAUGGGUACACCACAGCAGAACAUCGAGAGAGUGAUGAUCUUCCACCGCUCACUGCUCCAGGCUCCAGUCCAGAUAUGGCAUACAUGAACCCUCCUCACACUGCAGUGCAUCCAGAAACAUCUUAUGAAGAAGAUUGGGAAGUCUUUGACCCGUAUUUCUUCAUCAAGCAUGUCCCUCCAUUAACAGAAGAGCAGCUCACUCGGAAACCAGCCCUUCCACUGAAGACUCGUAGCACACCGGAAUUCUCUCUGGUCCUUGAUCUGGAUGAAACGCUGGUUCACUGCAGUUUAAAUGAGCUGGAGGAUGCUGCCCUUACCUUCCCUGUUCUCUUUCAGGAUGUGAUUUACCAGGUGUAUGUGCGCUUGAGACCAUUUUUUAGAGAAUUUUUGGAACGCAUGUCUCAAAUCUAUGAGAUCAUCCUUUUUACAGCUUCUAAAAAGGUGUAUGCAGACAAACUCCUCAACAUCUUGGACCCUAAGAAGCAGUUAGUGAGACACAGGUUGUUUCGGGAGCAUUGCGUCUGUGUCCAGGGAAACUACAUCAAGGAUCUCAACAUUCUUGGCAGAGAUCUCUCAAAGACCAUCAUCAUUGACAAUUCACCACAAGCCUUUGCAUACCAGUUGUCCAAUGGAAUUCCCAUUGAGAGCUGGUUCAUGGAUAGGAAUGACAAUGAGCUGCUGAAGUUGGUACCCUUCCUUGAGAAGCUGGUUGAGAUGGAUGAGGAUGUGCGGCCACAUGUUCGGGAGAGAUUUCGUCUUCACGACAUGUUACCUCCUGAUUGA